AUGAGUGGAAAUGAAAGUGACAGAUGUUCGACGCCAGAAAAAACUAAACGGAAACGAGGAGAAAAUUCCAAAACCUAUUCUCACAAAAAACAAAACUUUAGACAAGAAUGGUUAACAAAUAAAGAUUUUAGCAAUUGGUUGUUGCCAGUUAAUAAUAAUAAGUUAUUAGCUAAGUGUAAGUUAUGUAUUACAAAAACGACUGCUGAAUUGAGUAUACUUAAAAAAUAUGCUCAAACAAAAAAACACAAAAGUUCGAUGAGUUCCAUUGGUAGUAGACAAAAUUCGAUAAGUACAUUUUUAAAUAAUACAGAUCAAUUUAAGUUAGCAGAUCAAACUAAAAAAACUUGUAAUGUCUUGCAAAACACAGUGUUUAGUGUGAUAAUUGAUGAAAGCACUGAUGUUGGCUGUGUGAAAACAAUGUGUAUAUGUGUAAAGUAUUUCGACAGUACAUCCAAUUUUUUCGAAACAAGAUUUUUCAAGCUCGUCCAGUUGUUUGAGGAUGUACAAAGUGCAGACAAAGGAGCUACUGGUCAAAAAAUAUUUGAUGAAGUUCUUAAAGCUUUCACAGAUUCUAAAAUUCCGUUGAAUAAUUUAAUCGGUAACUGA